AUGACGCCGUCCCCACUGCGCCUUUCUUCGGUCAUCAACUCGGAGCGCACAAUUCGGCUCGAGGCCGACGUCGACGCCCACUUACGAGCUCUGAGCCUGGCAAAUUCCCAUACAGGCGCCUCAGCAUCCCGCACGCCGGCCCUUGACCACUCUGCCUUUCCGCACUUGAUCGACCGCAUCGCCCACUUCGCCCCACCGCCGACUAUCUUCGCGAUCGCAAGUACGUCGCGCGCUCUACGCGCUCGCCUCCUCCCCAAGCUGUACGCACAUGUGUCCCUCCUGACCUCUCGGGGCGACACGUACACCCUCCGCAGCGCGGCGGGCACAACUCUCUCAGGACAUGCACACCGCCCAGACACGAUGUGGAACGAGGACGACCUGCCACGCCUACCAGGCCCGACCCGCGUUCUAGACCUCCAUCCCGGCCGGAGCUGCCCGUACCUCCCACCCGGCGUGAUACGCUUGGUCAAGCCCACAAUGGUGCGCCUCCGCCUUGUUGAGUUGUUGGCUCAGACCCGUCCCUUGGGACGCUUUAUGCGCCUCCACAGUCCCGUUGACAACGAGAUGCGCCUCGUCGUCAUGGUCGAGCGCGACGUCUGGCUCGACGUGGACGAGUGGCGCUUCGACGCGCCCGUCUCCACCCUCGUCGUCCACUUCUCUCGCGCCUGGUGUACUGGAUACCGCCAGAAUCCGGCGUUCGCACUACCCCACCUCCCAAGCACCAAGGAGCGCGAGAUUGUCCUCAUCUUCGACUACCUCGAGGGCGUUCGGACAUUAGCGCUUGUUCCCGCCCUCGCGGACAUUGUUGCCCACGCCUGUCGUCCCCACAGCGCAGAGACGCACGUCACGAUCGUCGGUGACACGGACGACACCAGGUGGUUGGAGCGCACAGUCAGUGCCAUGCGCGCGCAGCUCGAUGCAUACGAGGACGACCGCGUCGAGUUUGACGGCACAUGUCCCCUCAAUCUCGUGUCACGUGCCGAGUACGCUGCUCGUAUCGGCGGCGAGGCGUGGGCUAUAGAGACAGACCCAUCGUACCGGUAUAUUGGGUGA